UCUGAGGCUGUUGAUCGCCGCUGGCGGACGUGGUCUGAUCGCUCGACCCUACUGGAUUCACAACCGAUUCAAAACCGAUCCCAAAACCGAUCCGACGUGCGUUUUAGAUCUUUUUUUUGCAGUUAUUAAAUGAUUUAAUUGACGCGUAACGGAUGUAAAACGAUCUACGGAUUCCCAACAUGACGGAUAAAGAAAAUGAAAUACAGCCUGCGGCUGAACCAGUGAUUUCUGAAGCUGCUGAGAUCGCGCCUGCGAAUCCUUCGGUCGUAGAGGAUUCCACUCCAAGUGUUGCACCUGUUGAGGACACCACCCCAAGUGUUGCCACCUUAGAGGACUCUACGCCGAUUGCUGCACUUUCUGAAAGUCAACCCGCCGUCGAGACUAAUGGCAAGGCAUUGGUGGAGGCCAAGAAGCUGCCCGAAAUUUCCGCGGAACCCGAAAAAAAUGGCAAGGAGCCCGAGCAGAAUGGCAAGGAACUGCAGGAGGCCAAUGACUUCAAGAACGUCUCCGAGGCUGAGGGUCAGCAGAAGAAACUGCCUUAUCCCAAGUCCGUGUUCUUUAUCAUCAGUAACGAGUUCUGCGAGCGUUUCAACUACUACGGCAUGAGAACUGUAUUGGUUCUAUAUCUGAGCCGAGUUCUGGGAUAUUCCGAUGACACAGCCACCGUCGUCUUCCACGUCUUUACCAUGUUCGUUUACUUCCUAUGUGUGUUUGGUGCUAUUAUUUCGGACUCUUGGCUUGGCAAAUUUAAGACGAUCCUGUAUUUAUCGUUGGUUUAUAUAUGCGGAUCUGUUCUAUUGACCCUGGGAGCCAUUGGACCACUUAACCUACCUAUGGAGACGUUCACAAUGCUGGGCCUGGCGCUAAUUGCCCUCGGAUCGGGUGGAAUUAAGCCUUGUGUGUCGGCAUUCGGCGGCGAUCAGUUCAAGGUGCCGGAGCAGGUGAAACAGAUCACCUCGUUCUUCUCACUCUUCUACUUUUCGAUUAAUGCCGGAUCGCUGAUCUCCACUACUGUGACACCUAUCCUGCGCGAGGAUGUGUCCUGUUUCGACGACAUCAAUUGCUACCCCUUGGCCUUUGGAGUACCGGCCGUACUGAUGAUUAUCUCAGUAAUUAUCUUCGUGUUGGGUCGAUCCCUUUACAAGAUGAAGCCCCCGGCCGGUAAUAUGGUGGUGCUGGUGAGCAGUACAAUCUGGACGGCUAUAACUACCAAGUGCAAGCAGAAGAAGACCAAUCCUAGGGAACACUGGCUAGACUAUGCCGAUGUCAAGUACGACCGCCAGUUGAUCGACGACGUUAAAGUCCUGAUGCGAGUGCUUUUCCUUUACCUGCCACUUCCGGUCUUCUGGGCACUAUUCGAUCAGCAGGGCUCACGCUGGACCUUCCAGGCAACUCGAAUGGACGGCGACAUGGGCUCCUGGAACAUCAAGCCCGACCAGCUGCAAGUGCUCAAUCCCCUGCUCAUUCUCCUCUUCAUUCCCCUGUACGAUGUGGCCUUCUAUCCAGCACUGCGACUAGUAGGCAUCCGUCGACCACUGCAGAAACUUACGAUGGGCGGUAUCCUGGCCGGCAUUGCCUUUAUCAUUUCUGGCGUGGUAGAGCUUAAUCUGGAGAAAACAUAUCCCGACCUGCCCUACAGCCAGAACAUCCAGCUGCGCAUCUUCAACCCUGAGAACUGUGAUUAUACCUUCACCUCGAAUCUUCCGGGAUUGGAGAGCGUGAUAGUGCCCUCUUUCAAUGUCUAUACCAACAAGGACAUCUAUUUAUCUGGUUCCCAGAACUUGGAGUACACUCUUCGAAGUAGCAAUGCGGACUGUACCAUUGAAAUCUCGGAGACAAAGGUCUUGACUGAGAAAACAGCCUGGUCGCUGUUCCUAAAUCCCAGCAAUGGCACAAAAUACUUUUGGGAGGAAGACUUUGUGGACAAGCCGAGCGAAAGUUAUCCGCUGAUCCGGAAUGUUGCUAAUGUGCCGCAGGGCCAGACGAUCCGUUGGCACAGUGUUUCGAAGGGAGAGGAUGCCUAUGCGGAAUUGGCCAGUAACGCCCUGCUCACACGUGUAAAUUCGGCAGAAUAUGAAGUCCUGGUGGACGACAAAACCGUUGGGACAUUUAAUGUACAUACCGGUGGAGUGUACACUCUUCUAAUCAAUGAUCAGUUUGAGGGCAAUCUGGUGGAAGUGACGGAACCCAAUUCGAUGAACAUCCUCUGGUUGGUGCCGCAGUACGUGGUAAUGACUCUUGGCGAGGUGAUGUUCUCCGUAACGGGUCUAGAGUUUUCCUAUGCCCAGGCACCGCCCAGCAUGAAAAGUGUCCUGCAAGCCUGCUGGCUGCUAACAGUGGCCUUUGGCAACGUCAUUGUGGUUAUCAUUGCUGAGGCGGCGUUGUUCGAAUCGCAGGCGAGCGAGUUCUUCCUGUUCGCCGGCCUCAUGUUUGCCGACAUGCUGAUCUUCAUGGUAAUGGCAUACUACUACGUCCCCAAUGAUCCCAACAAGGAAGAGGAAGCCCAGCCCUUGACGGCGGGCGAUGCCAAGGCCGAGAUACCUCCCCUCGAGGGUGGAGUCGAGAACAAGGGCAAGGAAAUCAAUGAGUAGACCCUCGAUCCGAUUUGUCCUGCUCGCUCCUGCGUUGUGUAUUAUAUGUAUUUGUAUUUGUAGAUGUGUAUAUGUAAAUCCUUAGUGGCCUCUGUCCAUUCCCAAGCUAAGUGUAAGUGAAGCUCCGACCGGGCGUUGUUGCAUAUGAAAAGACAUCCAUCUAGUUAAUCUAAUAAAAGAAAACAAUUAAUAUAAA